GCCUGAAGCCUCUACUCAGCCUGAAGCCUCUACUCAGCCUGAAGCCUCUACUCAGCCUGAAGCCUCUACUCAGCCUGAAGCCUCUACUCAGCCUGAAGCCUCUACUCAGCCUGAUGCCUCUACUCAGCCUGAUGCCUCUACUCAGCCUGAUGCCUCUCUUCAGCCUGAUGCCGCCUGAUGCCUGUAUGCAGCCUGAUGCCUCUCUUCAGCCUGAUGCCUCUACUCGGCCUGAGACCUGUCGUUCCGCCUGGGGGUCCGGCGCCCGCCAUUCCGCCUGAGGGUCCGAGACCUGUCGCUCCGCCUGGGGGUCCGGCGCCCGCCGCUCCGCUUGAGGGCCCGAGACCUGUCGCUCCUCCUGGGGGUCCGGCGCCCGCCGCUCCGCCUGAGGGCACGAUGCCUGUCGCCCCGCCUGGGGGCACGAUGCCUGUCGCCCCGCCUGGGGGCCCGAUGCCUGUCUCCCCCCCGCCUGGGGGCCCG